AUGAGAGGAGGGGGUUUGAGAUGGGAGGCGGAGGAGGAGGAGGGAGGGGAGGAGGAGGAGGAGGAGGGGGAGGAGGAGGAGGAGGAGGAGGAGGAGGAGGAGGAGGAGGAGGAGGAGGAGGAGGAGGAGGAGGAGGAGGAGGAGGAGGAGGUGCUUCCGCCAGUGUACCCGCAGCGGCCGGGGGAGCAGGAGUGUGCGUAUUACAUGCGGACGGGCAGCUGUGCGUAUGGGUCUAGAUGCCGCUUCAACCACCCUCCCAGGUUGGAGGCGAUGCAACCGCUGCUUCCAGCCACGCCCUAUCCACAGCGACCAGGGCAAACAGAGUGCAAGUACUAUCUCAAGACUGGCACGUGCAAAUACGGUCCCUCCUGCACCUUCCACCACCCGCCCCUACUCCCCGCAACGCCUGCUGCCUCCUCCCACCUGCCUCUUAAUACCCUUGGCUAUCCCCUCAGACCGGGAGAGACGGAAUGUGCUUUCUUCCUUCGGACAGGACGAUGCAAGUUCGGAUCUACAUGCAAGUUCCACCACCCUGACCUGCACACGGCCCCGCUACAUCCGACCCAGCAGCUGACGCCCCUUGGGCAACAACCGUCCCCGCUAUAUCCGUCCUCGCUACAUCCGUACCAACAGCUGCAGCUGCCUGGUGUGCUACAACCGUCCCAACAGCACCCCUCCCAGCUACAUACGUCCAAUCAGCAUCCCUCUUACCAGUACCCCUCCCAGCAGCCCUCCCAGCCACAUCCGACCCAGCAGCAGCAGGUGCAGGUGGCACACCCAGGCGAGGCACACACAGAAGAAGUAGAGGGGGCAGAUAAGCAACACCUGAGCAGCUGCAUCUCUGGGGACGCAUCCGGGGAGCAACAAGCCACUUCCAACAUGUCGUCAUCAGCCCCAUACAUGACGUCAUCAGGCCCGUACAUGACGUCAUCAUUCCCCUACGCAUCCUCAGUUGCUCCUUAUCCUCCAUACCCCCACCACUUUUCUCAGUACCCGCACCACCCUCAGCAUCCUCCUCACUAUACUUACUACCCUCACUACUCUUCCACAAAUCCCCCUGCCGGUCGCUGUGGUAAUUCCAUUCCUCCUGCCGCUUCUGAACUUCCUCCUCCCUCUUCUCUUCCUCCUGCUCCUGCUCUUGCCCCUCCUCCCACUGCUGCUACCACCGCUGCCCCGCUUUUCCCGCCUCCUCCUUGGCCUGCCCCUGCUCCUCCUGUUCCUGCUUCUGAUCCUUCUGCUGCUCCUGCCACUCUUGCUGUUGCUCCUGCCGCUGCUGCUUCUCUUGCUGUUCCCCUUGCUCCCCUUGUUACUCCUCAUGCUCCUCCUCUUCCCCUUGCUCCUCCUGCUCCUCAUGUUGCUUCUCCUGCUGCUCCUCCUCCUCUUGCUGCUCCGCAUGCUCUUCCCCUUGCUGCUUCUCUUACUGCUGCUUCUGCCUCUGCUCAUCUCUUCUCUCUAGUGGUCCCCCACUCCGUCCUCCCACCACCACCAUCAGAAGCACCAGCAGCAGCAGCACCAGCAGCAGCGCCAGCAGCAGCAGCAGCAGCAGCAACAGCUGGCACCGCUGCUGCUCCUUUCCAGCUCAAUCAGGCUUCACUUGGUCUAGGUUCCAUUGGGAUAGGUGCUCCUGAGGUAGGUGCUUCUGGGGUAGGUGCUUCUGGUGUAGGUGUUUCUGGUGUAUGUGCUUCCUAUGCAGAUGCCUCUGGUUCUGGUUCUGGUGUGAGUGCAGCUGGAGUAGGUGCUUCUGGUGAAGGUUCUUCUGGUGUAGGACCGUUUUUUUCGGGCCCACCUACCACAGCGGUUACCGCGCUACCCCACGUACCUGCCUGCCUUGCCUUGCCUUGUGACGUGCUGCACUACGCGAGCCGUCCAGCAGCCCUAGCGCUGCCUCCUGCUGCCCUAGGCCAGCGCGCUGCCCCUAGAGGCCCGUAA